GCACCUUGUUGAAUACUGACUAUUGUUGAUGAAAAAUUUGUAAUAUAUUGUGGAAUUUACGUGUUAAUAAAAAAUAAGGGCAACAACAUGAGUCUCGAUGAAAAUAGUAAGGCACGCAUGAAUUUAGCGGCUAUUAAGAAGGUGGAUCCUUACGCCAAAGACAUAGUUGAUACUUCGCCGCAUGUUGCCUUUUACACGUUUAAUGCAGAACAUAACGAAUGGGAGAAGACAGACGUUGAGGGAGCAUUUUUCAUAUACAGCCGCAAUGCUCAACCAUUUCACAGUAUUUUUAUAAAUAACCGUAUUAACACCACGUCCUUCGUGGAGCCAAUUACAAGCCAGUUAGAAAUCCAAUCUCAACCACCAUUUUUGUUGUACCGCAAUGAGCGUUCUCGAAUUAGAGGUUUUUGGUUUUAUAAUAGCGAAGAGUGUGAUCGCAUCGGUACUGUAGUUGGUAAUUUAAUACAUAAAGUAGACACAAGAGCUGGUUUAAGCGAAGGUGAAGAAAAGACGCAACUCAAACAAGAAAACGUAAAUAUAUUCAAAAUGCUAUCAAAAGCACAACAGGAAUAUAAUACGCAACAGAAAAUGGCUUCUUGUAAUGUUUUACAAUUUUUUGCUGCUGCAAAACCACGAUCUACGGAAGUGCCUUUUAUGCAACGCGUUGUACCAAAUACUCUGUCAGUUGAGCAACUAGAAAAACAACAGCGUGCUAAAACGCCAAGAGGAGAGAUACAGUCGAUUGAUAGCAAUUGUAAAUUCGACGUCAAACCAGAAAUUGCAUGUAACAACCAGGUAACACCAGCAGUGAGUAUGGCUUUUUUUUCGGAACUAGAAAGUGCAUCUAGUGCGCCUACGACGCUAAACCAGACUGUAGGAAGGUUGAAUAACUCAUGCGCUCCUUUAUUGGUAACGGAGGAAGAACGUCUGCGCCAACUUCUUGUUAAGGACUUACCAAAGCCGACCAAGCCAGCAUUAUUGCUCCCAACAAUGUUUGAUAAACCCACGGAUGUAAACAGAAGCUCGCCUAGAAAGGAACCACUUAAUCAGUCUCAAUUAAUACAAGCUUUUAGCUAUCUAAUACAAAAUGACAAGGACUUUGUUCAGAAAUUACAUGAGGCAUACAUUAAAGUUUACAAUAAAGAUUUGACAGGGACAUAUCAUCAAUAAUUAAAACCGUGUAUUUGUCAAAAUAAAAAUUACAUUCAACUGUAAUUUCCAAAUGUUUAAA